AUGCCUGAUGGAAGUCUGUCUGAGUUCCAUGCGUCCCCGAUCCCUCCUGUAGAAAGAUCAAUAUCCGAAAAUAUAUAUUUCUUGCAUCCUGGCUAUGAAGCACCCCGCAAUAUUCUCCUGAUCCUUCCGCGUGUUGAUCAAAUAGCUCCUCACACCUUUGGAGUUCACCACCAAACCGCCUUGAUUGCCUGCCAGAUCAUCGGAAACAACGCGUUUGAAACUGGCCGCCUUUGUCAUGAUAAAGAUGGUCAACACCCUGUGACUGUCCCACUUGAUGGAGUUCUGACGGACCCAGCUUACUAUUUUCUGGUUGACGCUUGCGCGAGCAUAUACCCCAUUGUCCCCAGUUUCCAGGACUGGGAGUUCCCGCACGGCCGCAUCCCAGAUACUUGGGGCCCCACAUCCGUAUUUCCUGAAACCACUGGACCUCGCUGUGGCAUCACCAACUUCUCGAUAUGCACUGAAGAAGCACACCUCGUGCCGAAGGAAGAAGUGCUCUGGUACUCUAGAAAUGGGAUGUACCGAUAUGGUAGAGACUUGGGAGAUAUUGAUAAUCCAGCGAAUCUCCUUCCGCUUAGACCGGAUAUUCAUAAAUGCUUCGACAAACGCUGGUUCGUUAUCGUACCAAAGAUUGCUGGGGGAGGAGGCGCGCAUGAGACGGAUACCAGUACUCGUUCAGCAUACUACGUAUCACACAUACUUUCCGAUAAUGCUGCUGAAUACUGGCCGACCUACCACAACACCAUAGUCCAAUACCUUGGAAACGACUCCCGUCCUUAUCUCUUUGCUCGAUUCGCUUGGGCCAUUCUUCUGUUUGUGAAGCCCUUCGUUACAACCGGUGACCCCCGCAAUGUUAUUCACCUCGAAGUGUCGACUAGCGUCGAGAAGACUCAGACGGUGUGGAAGGCAGAAUAUCUAAGCGGGGCACAACUUAAGGCCAACUACAGUGGCGGCGGUUCAAAGAGCGCGACAUCCAAAAAGAGAAAAUCAGAAUUUAGUACACUUGGAGAAGAGGAUGAUGAUCUUGCGGAGUCUAGCGAUGAUAGCGAUAUCGGUAAGGAGAGCGACAUCUGGGAUAAUGUCAUGGAUGAGUGGGAAGCAAGAGGGCAGAGGAGACGUCAGCAGACCUCCAGUGAGACUGCACCAGCGAUUUCAUCAGAAGAUGCCACGGCUCAUUUGAAAUCGGGUCCGUCAGAAUUGCAGAUGUCUUUCCGGGAGUCUAAUCGUACCUGA